GGGGCGUGCUCAGGCCGGGCGAGGCGUUCCCGGCGGUGUCCGGUAGGUGACGCUGUUGGCGGCGGCGGCAGAGAAGGGACCGGAAGCCGGGCCGGAGGUGGCUGGGAGUUUUGUCCGACUCCUCCCGCUUCCGCUGCCGCAGUCGCCGCGCGUCAGAGCCGGGUUUGUUUCUGUCCGCUGUCCCCCCGGCCGCCGCGAUGCCGCUGGAGAACCUGGAGGAGGAGGGUCUGCCCAAGAACCCCGACCUGCGCAUCGCGCAGCUGCGCUUCCUGCUCAGCCUGCCGGAGCACCGCGGGGACGCGGCGGUGCGCGAGGAGCUGAUGGCCGCGGUCCGCGACAACAACAUGGCUCCUUACUACGAAGCCUUGUGCAAAUCCCUCGACUGGCAGAUGGACAUGGACCUGCUCAAUAAAAUGAAGAAGGCCAAUGAGGAGGAGUUGAAACGUUUGGAUGAGGAGCUGGAAGAUGCAGAGAAAAACCUGGGGGAGAGUGAGAUUCGAGAUGCCAUGAUGGCAAAAGCCGAGUACCUCUGUCGGAUAGGCGAUAAGGAGGGAGCUCUGACUGCCUUUCGUAAGACAUACGACAAAACUGUGGCCCUGGGUCACCGCCUGGACAUUGUAUUCUAUCUCCUUCGGAUUGGUCUGUUUUAUAUGGAUAAUGAUCUUAUCACCCGAAACACAGAAAAGGCCAAAAGUUUAAUAGAAGAAGGAGGAGACUGGGACAGAAGGAACCGCCUGAAGGUUUACCAGGGUCUCUACUGUGUGGCCAUUAGAGAUUUUAAACAGGCAGCUGAGCUCUUUCUCGACACCGUCUCRACGUUUACCUCCUAUGAGCUCAUGGAUUACAAGACGUUUGUGACUUACACUGUCUACGUCAGCAUGAUUGCCUUAGAGAGACCAGACCUCAGGGAGAAGGUCAUUAAAGGAGCAGAGAUCCUUGAAGUGUUGCACAGUCUUCCAGCAGUUCGGCAGUACCUCUUUUCUCUUUACGAAUGUCGUUACUCUGUUUUCUUCCAAUCAUUAGCGGUUGUGGAACAGGAAAUGAAAAAGGAUUGGCUUUUUGCUCCUCAUUAUCGAUACUAUGUAAGAGAAAUGAGAAUUCACGCCUACAGCCAGCUGCUGGAAUCCUACAGGUCCUUAACCCUGGGCUACAUGGCAGAAGCAUUUGGUGUCGGAGUGGAAUUCAUUGAUCAGGAACUGUCCAGAUUUAUUGCCGCUGGGAGACUACACUGCAAAAUUGAUAAAGUGAAUGAAAUAGUGGAGACCAACAGACCUGAUAGCAAGAACUGGCAGUACCAAGAAACUAUCAAGAAAGGAGAUCUGCUACUAAACAGAGUUCAGAAACUUUCCAGAGUAAUUAAUAUGUAAAGUCAUUUGAACAAAGGAUUUUCUUCUGAGUAAUUGGAAUUUUUAUAGCUUAUUUCACUAUGUGCCCAGUUCACCUUAUAAAAUAAAUACUACAUUGUUGUUUCA